GCAGUCAGAGUUGGCAGUCAAACUUUUAGCAGCUAAAAAGAGAACGCAAAGAUACGAAAUAGACUACAACACAGGAUCUCUAUCCACAACAGCAAACCUGAAAAAGGGAUCACCUGACUUUGACAACUUUAGCCGACGCUUUUGGAUUUUGCCGAGUUUCUUCGUGAUCUCCUGAAACGAUGAUGUACUCUGCUUUCAACACGGAUUGUGACUCCUCUUCCCGGUGCAGUACCGCUUCUCCAGCUUGCGACAACCUGGGUUACUACAACUCUCCUGCGGGAUCUUACUCCACUAUAGGCUCUCCCCAAUCUCAGGACUUCACAGACCUGACUUCAGUGUCCAGUGGCUCCUUCAUCCCUACUGUCACGGCUGUCUCUGCCAGUCCAGACCUGCAGUGGAUGGACCAGCCGCUCGUAUCCUCCAUGGCCUCUAAUCACAGAGUCCAUCCCUACAGUGUCAGCCCCCCAACCUACACUAGUGCCAUGAGGAACAAGGGCCACAGCUCUGGGCGCAGAGCCAGAAUGGAACAGCUUUCUCCUGAGGAAGAGGCGAAGAAGAGUUUCCGUAGAGAGAGGAACAAGCAGGCAGCAGCUAAAUGCCGCAACAGGAGGAAGGAACUCACCGACACUCUGCAGGGUGAAACUGACGAGCUGGAGGAUGAGAAGUCCGCUCUCCAGAACGAUAUCGCCAACCUGCUCAAAGAGAAGGAGAAGUUGGAGUUUAUCCUGGCAGCCCACCAGCCCAUCUGCAAGAUCCCCUCUGAUAUGGACACUGUUUUCCCCUCCCACUCCUACGGGGUCUCCAUCCAGCUGUCCCCACCCCAGUCUCAAAGCAUGGUCCCCAGCUCCGUCUGCUCGGCAACUCCCCUCACCUCCAUUCCGUCGACCGCCAGCUCCAACCUCUCCGCCUCAAUCUUCUCCAGCAGCCCCCUCCUGUCCACCGCCUCCAUCUCCGUCUCUGACGUCAAGAUGGCCGACCUGGACACAGCCUGCCUGGAGCAGUCCCUGUCUCUCCUCUCCAAGACGGAGAUGGAGACGGCCCGGUCGGUGCCCGAUGUCGAUCUGACCAGCUCCCUGUACACCCAGGACUGGGAGCCUCUCUACAGCACAGCCAAUAAUGACUUUGAGCCCCUGUGCACCCCUGUGGUCACCUGCACCCCAUCCUGCACCACGUACACCUCCUCCUUCGUCUUCAGCUAUCCUGAGGCGGAGGCGUUGCCUACCUGUGGCGUAGCCCAACAGAGAGGGAGCAGCAGCAACAAUCAAUCCUCUGACUCCCUCAGCUCCCCUACACUCCUAGCCCUGUGAGCAGGAGAACCGUAGCUGUCUCCCAAAUGACACUCUAUGACCUAUAUAUAUUUCAUUGCUUUUGAUCAGGGUCCAUAAGGUAUCCCAUAGGGCUCUGGUCUAAAGUAGUGCACUAGUCCCGUAGAGCUCUGGUCUAAAGUAGUGCAUUAUAGUCCCGUAGGGCUCUGGUCUAAAGUAGUGCACUAGUCCCAUAGGGCUCUGAUCUAAAGUAGUGUACUUGGGUGACAUUUUUUGAUUUACAUUCUUCCACACAACACCAUUUCCUUUAGAGCACAUUUAACAUUCCCUCAUGUACAUUACCAGUAUGUGGUGCUGUGCAGAAUGAUCGCAGAGAUAUGGACUUGGACACACACAACCAGGAAGUAAAAUAUAUUUGUUUACCUUUGUUUUCUAUGGACUAUAAUGGGCUAUCACUUGCCUCUUUCAACUAUGUUGCUGAUUUUUAAAGCAUGUUUAACUAAUAAAACAGUAGUUUGGGUUUACAAAAUAGUUGUUGAUUUUUAUGGUGCUAGAUAACAAAGUUGUGUUUCAGUGUUCAGAGCCUAGUUAUAGUUAUCUUGACCUGUUUUGUUUUCUGGUUGAUGGAAUGUGAGCUUCUUGUACGUGUGUGAUAUUUAACAAUCAUGAUGUGCUUGUCUGGUUGGUCUAUCCUAGUAUGAAAGUUUUCUAUGAAAACGUUAGUUUUUUUGAUGUUGUGAAAUUUCUAAUUUUUAUACUACAAAGAACUGAACCUUUGGAAAAACGUUAAAAAUAAACUGAACGAAUAAAAAUAUUAAAUUAUUUA